CCAACUAUGUAUGUACGAAUGUUGGCAUUGUCAUUUUGAAAUUCAAUAAAAAUGAUUACUAUACCGUUCUAGUUUUCAAUAAAUGUUCGAUUCAAAAUCUAUUAGUUCUUUUAUAUAACGUAGGCUCAGAAGUUAUAUUUAGUUUUUCGUUCUCCAGAGGUUAUAAUAGAAAUAGUUUAUACCAAAAGUGUCUAAAACUCAUUGCACGGAUGCAUGCAAAUAUUCAAGUCGAUAAAUUUUCAAUCCCCGAUUUUUAAAAUGACACAGUCUCAACAAACCAUAGAAGAAUUGCACGAUUCUUAUACACAAACAGCUGCUAAUAUAAUAUCUUAUUUUGGAGGAAAUGAAGUGAAAGAAAAAUUAAAAGAGCUAAGGGAUAUUGUGGAAAACAACUGUGUUUUAGGUAAGAAGUUACGGUCAGUGGAAGAUACUAAAAACCAUUUAUUCAACUUAUACAAUGAUGAAAAUGCACAGUCUGAUUUAGAAACCAUUAUACAGGAAUAUAAGAAUUCUAUAUCUGAAAUUAAUACCGAUGUAUCUGACAAUUCCAAAUUGAUAGAUUAUGAUAAUCACGUAAAAGCCUUAUUAGACGAAAUAGGAGAUAAAGAGGAGGAGGAAAAUGACGACGAGGAUGUAGACAUGAUGUUAACUGGAGGCUUAAUAAAUGUGAUCGAUCCAAUUUCUAAAAAGAGAAUUGUAGAUCCUGUGAAAAACAUAGUAUGCGGGCACACCUAUGAUAGAGAAACUAUCACAGAAUUGUUGAAAAUAAAUGAAAAGACCAGAUGCCCUGUGGUAGGUUGUAAAACUACAGACUUUGUGAAACUCAAAGACCUUCGUUUAGAUAUUGUAACAAAAAUGUAUCUUGACAAAAAUCCUGCUUAACAUUUAAAUAGACUGUCAAACCAAAAAAAAGAGUACAGUUUGUAAAAUAUAUUGCAGAUAUCUGUAUAUAGUUUUCACACUUAUUAAGUACAAAAAUAAAAACCGCAUGUACAUACAUAACAACUUGUACUUAGUCACAACGUGACUUAUCGUUAUAUGUAGACAUGUUUUUCAUUACUAGAAUAUAUUUCAAGUUACGAA